AUGGCUGGCACCUGCUUUCUCAUUUCUGACGAUGAACGUGGAUGGGAAGAUGCUCGUGAGAACUGCGCUGUAAUUGGCGGUGAUCUUGCCGUAUUGGAGAAGAGUAACGUAAUAAAACGUCGAUGUUCUUUCAAGAAGAAGAGUUACAAUAACGAGCGUAAAGUACAUUUUAUCAGAGUUUUUGACCGUUAUUUCCAGCGAGGAGAGACAUUGUGGAUUGGCUUACACGAGUUGGCAAUUGAAGGCAGCCCUCAUUGGAUUGACCCAACCAUUCGAUAUCGACGAAACAAAAAGUAUCCUUGGUCGGAUAGUGAUGGAAAUACAAUUGAUAAAGACUGUGUAGUAGCAGUUCCCACUGCAGAUAACGCUUUUAAAUGGGAAUACAUACAGUGUAAUCAGACAAAUAAGUACCUAUGCGAAGUUAUUGGUUCAGAUGAUUCAUAUGCAAUGGAAAAGAUCAAGGAGGAGAGAGUUACAGCCGACGCUAAGCGAUUGGCCGAAAUGAAAACAACAUUCCAGGUUAUCGAAGAAAUAAACGAGGGCUCUGCAGGAGAAGAAGAAUUGUUUGAAGGAGAUAUCUUAUUGAACAAAGAACAACAGCAAAGACGUGACCUUGGACUGCCAAUAAUGCCAGAUAAACGAGGAGCAACUAUAUAUGAAUCUGCAUACUGGCCUAAUAACACGUUGUACUACUUUUUUGACGAUGUUGACCCCUUAAGCGAUGCUGAUAAAACCGUUGUACGAGGCGCUCUGACGUCGCUAGAGAAGUUCACAUGCGUGCGUUUUAUUGAGAGUAACGACGUUGAAGACUACGUUAAUGUCAUCAAAGGAGAUAGUUGUAAAUCUUGGGUCGGUAGACAGACUGGAAUUCAAACACUGUAUCUGGGACAAGGCUGCGUGUACACCGGAAUUAUCCAACAUGAGUUCUUACAUGCUCUGGGAUUUUGGCACGAGCAGUCCAGAUAUGAUCGCGAUAAUUACGUCGAAAUAAAUUGGGAUAAUAUUAUAGAAGGGAAAGAGGGCAAUUUCGAGAAAAAAUUAGAAGAACACACAACCCACCAGGGCUUCGGUUAUGACUACGGCUCAGUGAUGCAUUAUGGCUUUUAUUCUUUUGCCAUUGAUAACACUAUUCCAACAAUAAUAGCGUUGCGGGAAACAGAUGAGACUGUUGGACAGAGGGAAUUUGCCAGCGAUCUCGACAUUGAUGAAUUGAACAGAUUGUACGAAUGUGACUACUAUGUAUACAAAGGGUGUUGGUUUGAUAUAAACUUGCCCCAAUUACUGGAGUCAUUAGAAAACACUGGAAAUGUUUAUCUUGACGGUCACUACUCGAUGAGGACUGAACCAGUCAGAAAAUGCGCUUUCGCUGCCGUUUCACUGGGAUAUCCGUAUUUCGCCAUGCGGUUUGGUGGUGAGUGCUUGGUAGCAACGAGUGAGUCGUCGUAUCAGGAAGAAGGUCCAUCUGACAAAUGCGUCGAGGGUCUUGGUACAUCAGAUUCAUACGACGUCUACGAAGUAUAUGGUAACGGCACAUGGGGAGAAUGGUCAGAUUGGUAUGGAUGUAUACCGAUAGAAAACAACUGUACAGAUGGAUACAGGUUGGGUGCAAACUACAGGAGUAGGAUUUGUACUGGGGGACCUUGCUACGGCAGCACAAUCGACAUGAACGACUGUCUUAUUAACUGCAGUGAUGUAUGUGAUGUAGACACCUAUAAGCUUCGUAAUUACACAGUAAGAUAUGACGACGAAUGCAACGGGUGUGUUUGCAUGGAAGGAUUUUUGUAUUGUCCUGGCGCCUAUUGUGGACUGAAUGAUGAUUGUGACAAAAAUGAAUGUAAAACAACGUGUCCAAUAGGAUCGCCGCUUUACAAUGACCAUGGUGAAACCCUAUUCUGCAAUCUGCCAGAUUAUAUAUCUGACUUCUUCCCAUAUAUGGUAAUCACAGAUUGCCCCGCUAGCUACAGCUGUCAUCUUUUUAACGACACUGUUUUACAAGUAGAAUGGGGCGUAUGUUGUCCGAAUGACAACAGCAAAUGGGGAGAAUGGACUGAUUGGUAUGGAUGUUUUCCUAGUUUUGACUGUGUCGAUGGAUAUAUGACUGGUUAUAAUUAUAGGUCCCGGGAAUGCCUUGAACCACCGUGCGAUUACCCGCCGUUUGACUACAAAGAAUGUAGUGUAGAAUGCAGUGGUGAGUAA